CGCCGACGGCGGCCGAGUGCGAGCGGGGAGCGCGAGCGGGGAGCGGCGGCCACAGAGCGGCGAGGCGCCUGCGCGGUGUCCGGGCCCCUGAGCCCGCGGCGCUGAGCCAGCCGGGACGGACAUGCGCGGGAGGGCGCCGUGGGGCAGCGGCGGCUCCGCGGGGGGACCUCGAGCUGCUGGUUGGUGACAGAUCCCUAGGCGUCCCCAGUGAGGAGACCUCCAGAGUAAGGCACAAUGUCCACAGCAGGAGUUGCUGCCCAGGAGAUUCGAGUCCCGUUGAAAACCGGAUUCCUGCACGAUGGCCAAGCCUUGAGGACCGUGAGGGCCUGCUGGGGCGGCCGCGGCGAGUUUGAAAAUCACUUUUUGAACAUCGACCCGAUAACCAUGGCCUACAGCCUCAACUCUUCGGCCCAGGAGCACCUCACAUCUCUUGGGCGCGCUGCGACGUCCGCGCCAAGGAGCGGCAGCCACUUUGCAGAGCACGGCCCCUCCCAGAAGCCCAGCUUGGCCCCUCUUAUCAUUCCCCCGGGCGAGCACCCGGGACCGCGGGAAGAGGAGCGAGUCGCGUGUGGUUUUAGGAAACUCUCGGUGAACGGCGUGUGUGCUUCUCCCCCUCCGCUCACACCCAUAAAGAGCCCCCCUUCCCCCUUCCCCUGCACGGCCCUCUGUGAACGCGGUUCCCGGCCCCUCCCGCCACUGCCCAUCUCCGAAGACCUCUCUCUGGACGAGACAGACUGCGAGGUCGAGUUCCUAACCAGCUCGGACACGGACUUCCUCUUGGAAGACUGUACGCUUUCUGGCUUCAGAUACGAUGUUCCUGGCAGGCGAAGCUUCCGUGGGUGUGGACAGAUCAACUACGCGUAUUUUGAUACCCCAGCUGUCUCCGCGGCAGAUCUCAGCCAGGCGCCUGAGCAGAAUGGAGGUGUGCAAGAUUCAAAUCCUCCUCUGCCUCAGACCCACCGGAGAUUAAGAAGGUCUCAUUCGGGACCAGCUGGAUCCUUCAACAAGCCGGCCAUCAGGAUAUCCAGCUACAUCCACAGAGCUUCUCCGAACUCCGACGAAGACAAACCCGAGGUGCCCCCCAGGGUCCCCAUUCCUCCUCGGCCCGUGAAGCCAGAUUACAGAAGGUGGUCGGCGGAAGUCACUUCCAGCACCUACAGCGAUGAAGACCGGCCUCCCAAAGUACCACCGAGAGAACCGUUAUCACGGAGUAACUCCCGCACGCCAAGCCCCAAAAGCCUUCCGUCUUACCUCAAUGGGGUCAUGCCCCCCACGCAGAGCUUUGCCCCUGACCCCAAGUACGUGAGCAGCAAAGCUCUGCAGAGACAGAACAGCGAAGGGUCUGCCAGUAAGGCUCCCUGCAUCCUGCCCGUCAUCGAAAACGGGAAGAAGGUGAGCUCGACACACUAUUACCUACUACCUGAGAGACCGCCGUACCUGGACAAGUUUGAAAAGUUUUUCCGGGAAGCAGAGGAAGCAAACUCAAGCACCCACACCCAGCCGCUGUCUGCUGACCGCGGUACAGCCUCGGCCGCAGAAAAGCUGGACUCCAAGACAAGACUGGACCUGGGGGGCCACGUGAGGCGUAAACACUCGUCCUACGUGGUUUCUCCUUAGGCUUCGGCGUCGCGGGUCAGCGGGGGUUCCGUGGGAGCGAGUGGCUCCCCAGCCGCCCUCCAGGCCGGUUGAGGUUCGCAGGAAGAGGUCUCGGAUUGCAGAACAAAACAGUUGAACCCUCCGUCUUAGAAAGGGUGGGGGCGGUCGCGGCGCGAUCUCGGGCCAAGAAUCCCCGAUCGUGCCGGCGUUGGAGAAAAGUCUGUUCCGGUCCGUAAUUUAAAAGUGGGCGGGCAGGCAGGGAAGGCUGGGGAACCUUGGACAUGUGCAUACAUUAUAGGCCUGUGUAGAAACUCGUGCUGUAACCAUAGACCGUAGCUGCAGGGUAACCAAUUAGUUGCUACCUUAGAGUAAUAUAUAUUCAAGAUGGUAAAAGCUGGGGGGCAACUCCUGACUGAAAAUUGAGCGAAUGGAAGAAAACACAGUAUUGUUUAGAUCAGAAUCAUUAAAAAAAAAAAAAAAAUUUUUUUUAAAGUUAGUAACUUUGAAGCAUUCAGGCUCCUGGGCCCUGUGAUGUUCUCCUUUAAACUUUGCAAGCAGCCUUUGUCCCCCAGGGCAGGGCGCAGUCCCUGCCGAGGCUCUGCCUGCCCAGCCUAAGAGUCACCCCGAGACCCGGCUCCUUCCGUUCCAUUCCAGGGAGGACAGCAGCAUAUCUGGCAGCCACACGUGCCCUGCUUCUCGAAAGAUGCGAAGCUAACAGAAUUCGCACGUCCGUUCUCCUUACGGUCCCUGCUCUGUUCUGCCCGUCACAGUGGCCCGGUCUGGCAUGCGCCUCGCAGCCACAGGGGCACCGCGUUAGACUCCCCUGGACCGGCAGACCGGUCGCCAGGGCUCCGGGCGUCCCGUUGAAGCGAUCGUGAAACCACUGGCCACGUGACAGAGUCCCUGGGGGGGGCCCGUGUUGUGUUUCCGUGUCGGUUUCCGUAGACUGUGUGAAUGAACAUGGACAACGCAAGCUGGCCUUGUGUUGCUGGUUCCCGUUCAGUAUUUCCUGGGGGUGGUGUGCCUUCCACGUAAAACGCUUUUGCCCAGUAGCGCAGUGUGUUUUAAUGCCACAGGCCGCGUCCGCGUCGCUCCGCUUUGGAGACCCUCCCGGCUGCCGCUUCCCUUGGAUUCCGUGAGACCCGCAGCCUGCGCUCAGACACCCGCGUGCUUCGAUGCAUGUAUCUUGUGUAGACAAGCACAAAAGAGAAGGUGCUCACUAACGGAGGUACAUUACUGCAAUGUUCUCUUAACAGUUAAACAAGCUGUUUACAAUUCAAACUGCUGAAUAUUUGAGCUAUUUAAAGCUUCUAUUUUAGUAUGAACUACAUGAAGGUUGAGACAUGCUUUAGAAAAAUGCACUGAUUUCUGCA